AAUAGCAACUCGGAUUAUUUUAUUUAAGUAGAUGAAACGCAGGGCCCAUUUUUAGAUUACAGUUGUUUAAGUCUGACAUUUUGCUGUCCCGCCCAUGUAUCGAGCCCGAAUCAAGGCGCGGGAGGCGAAAUCAAAACUGUCAUCAUGUUAGCGACUGGUAUGAACGUGUGAAAGAUGGAUAGCUAUUCUACGCAACUUCGUCUACUUUGCGCUACUCCCUAGACUGUGAGGAAGAAGUGAAUCCUACUGCUUCAACAAUAUUGUGCACCUGUUCAAUCGUGUGUCCUGAGAUCCUGUGGUCCUGAGCCAAAAUGGACGACACUCCCUUCAGCCGCAGACAGUGGGCGUCGCAGUCGCUACGCGUCACCGCCCGAGAGCUCUCGUUGGUCGGAGGCCGCGGGAAGAACACUGCCAUCGCCGAGCGCUUCUCAAAGUACCAGAAGGCUGCAGAGGAGGCCAAUGCGGAUAAGAAAAAGCCGCAGCCUGAGAGCCGGCCCUCCACCUUGCGUUCGGGGAACCUGAGCGUGCUCAAGAAGCGCUGGGAGCAGUCCCGCCAGCAGGAGGCGUCGUCCGCUCCGCCCGCCGCCGCCGCGCCACCCGCCUCCGCGCCCCGCAUGCGCCUCGUCUCCACGGAGACGGCCCCGCCCAAACCCAGCGCCUCCGCCCAGGCUGAGCCCGCCCCCGCCCCGGCGCCCAAACUCCCAGCGUCCUCGGCGUCGUCCACAGCGUCCACCGCCGAGCCGCCCCGCCAGAGCAGCCUCCGGCGCUCCUGCUCCCUCAGAACCCCACCCAGGGCCGCCAGAAAGGAGGAGAAGGCAGGAGGAGCAGCAGCAGCAGGAGGAGCAGGUGGAGGAGCGUCAGGUGGAGGGAGCAGAGUGAUGGAGCGCGCCGUGGAGAGGCAGUUUGAGGAGGUGCAGGAGGAGCAGGAGGAGGAGAGGAGUGGGGGAGGAGGAGGAGGAGGAGGAGGAGACUCGUGUACCAGCCCCGUCAGCCCCCAGGAGAAGCCCAGCAUCCCCAUGGGCAACCUGAAGAAGAUGUUUGAGAAAGGGGAGAGCAAGGGACGGACAGGAGUGAGCAGCUCCUCCUCAGAGGACAUGGACUUACGGGUGGGAGACAGAGGUCUGUCUUCACUAGAGACCACUUCUCUGCGUGACCGGAUGGCCAAGUACGAGGCUGCAGUUUCUAAACAGAAGUCACCUACCCCUUCACGCACUAACAGCCAAUCAGAAGCGGAGAGCAGCAGUCCAACCACCGACCACAAGGAGAAUGUGCCUCCUGGCAGUGUGGGAGUUGGAGUGAGCUUGUUCUCCGAGAUCAAUGGAGCCAAAACUAAUGGGGUGCGAGUUGACACUCCAAGCUCCAGCAGUGGAAGCCCGGGCUCCGCAAACAGUGAUGCACCCAAAGCAGCCAGAAAGUUCCAGCCGGCUGUGAGGGAGACGUGUGUGUCGUGCCUGAAGACGGUGUACCCUCUGGAGAGACUGGUGGCCAACCAGCAGAUCUUCCACAACACCUGCUUCCGCUGCACCCACUGCAAGACCAAGCUCAGCCUGGGUAACUACGCCUCUCUGCACGGGAACGUCUACUGCAAGCCCCACUUCAGCCAGCUGUUCAAGGCCAAGGGCAACUACGACGAGGGCUUUGGCCACCGGCCCCACAAGGAGCUGUGGACACCGAAGGAGGGCGAGGAGGGCGAGGAGGAGACCGAGGAAGGCGGCAGCAGCGCGGAGCGUCCGAGAGAACCGCGCCCCACAGAGGCCCCGAUCACCAGAGCAGCCCAGGCCUCCAGCGCCUCCACCUCCACCUCCAAGGCCACGACCGACACCAGCCCCGUGGUGGAGGAGUCCCCCUUGGCCAAGGUCAUCGAGCUGACCGCCUCCCUGGAGACUCGGGCCCAGCGCGGGGGCUCCGCGGAGAGGCCGGCCGCCGCCGCCGGCGCUUCCCCGACCAGCUCCGCCGAGACCCGGAGGCUGAAGAUCGCCUGGCCCCCGCCCUCCGAGGUCACCGGCGCAGGCCGGGGCGUGGAGGGAGAGCUGUCCGGCGCGGUCAAGCCCUUCAGGGCCAAGUGGCCGCCGGAGGGCGAGACGGCCGCGGCGGCGGCGGCGGCGGCCAGCCCCGAGCGGGCCGAGCUCAAGAGCCUGCGCCGCAGCUCCUCGCUGAAGGAGCGCUGCCGGCCGUUCUCGGUGGCGCCCAGCCCGAGCUCCGCGGCCAAUCAGAAGACGGAGCCGCCCCAGCGACGGCCCCUGCGCCGCGCCCUGGAGAGGCGCAGCUCGCUCGAGGAGCUGCGGUCGGCGCGCGGCGAGCGCUUCGCCGAGCAGCAGCGGGACGAGCAGGAGCGCGAGGAGCGGGAGGAGAGGAAGACGAGCAGAAAGAGGGAGGAGGAGAGCGAGAAGAGGGGGGAGAAGACGGCGACGAAAGCCACAGGGCCGCGCAAGGACGCCGGGGACGUGAACGGCAAUCUCUCCGACGACGAGGAGGAGGACGAGGGGCGUCCGUCGGCGAGACGAGAGGAAGAGGAGGACCGGAAGAGGCCGACGUCCCAGAACCCCCCGAGGGAUGAGGAGGAAGAGGAGGCGGAGGAGGAAGAGGAGGCGGAGGAGGUGGAGUCUCUGCCCAGCCGCCGCAGCGCGUCCCCGGAGGUGUCCACGUCGCUGUCCCCCGGCGCCGGCACCGGCAUCAAGACGGACCGCUCGUCACAGGACGUGGGCUUCUGGGACGGCGAGGAGGCCGAGGACGAGCUCACCGUGGAGGAGCGGAUCAAGAAGAACCGCUACUACGACGACACGGACGAGGAGGAGCUCGUCUGAGUCGAGCAGAGACUCCCUCCAUGUCUCUCUCUCUCUCUCUUUCUCUCUCUCUCUCUCUCUCUCUCUCUCUCUCUCUCUUCUAUCACUGAGAAUCAGUCAAAUGUCCUUUUCAUGAGGCACACACAUAAAAAAAAUGACAAAAACAUUAUCAGUAGUGUUUCAUAUGGUACCAAUACAUUCCACUUUUCUUUACCUGUAACGCUUUUUAUGUUUGUUGUUUUUGUUUGUUUGUUGGAUUGGAUGCAGAGACGAUUCACCGAGUUGUUCCGCUGUUUCCUGUCGCGUGUCCUGCCUCAGAAGUGAUGUUUAGCCUUUUUCACAUGUCUAUGCCUGUUCUUUAAAACCAAGCUGUUCCCAGAGAGUGUAACAAAUACUUAACAUUGUAACGUUGUCACAACUAAAACAUCAGCUUUGUUAGUGAUCCAUUUUAAAGGGAGAUUUGAUGGAGAGUAAGGCAAGAAAUUCAUUGCUUGGUACAUUUUUUUUGUAUAUUUUCUAUGUUUCAGGCUGAAUAAAAUCCUAACAGGCAUAUAUUACUGGAUAGCCAUUAUGUUAUUGCACAUGAUUAAAUCGCACUAAAGGGACAUCACCUAAUAAUGAACUGGACCCACAAAAAUCUUGUUAGUUGUCAUGAGUGACACCAAGAUGUUCUAGAAGAGAGUGAUGGCGGUGAGAGAAAGUGAUAAAGAAAGAUGGAGAAGUGUCCCAUUUCUAGAUCCCCUUUCAGAUGGAGGCAGAGGGCAGGAAUGGCCCUAGUUGGAGGCUGUGUGUUGAAAGCUUAACUGAAACACUAUGGUUUGUCCCUGAAUGGUUUCUGGCUGCAAACGCAAAUGGGGAAAUGCAUUGUCCCAGCUCAGGGCACCAAUCAGAUCAGCAGUGAUUUGAAAAUGGACACAAUGCAAUGAGAACUUUUUCCAGUUUCAGAUUAACACCUUCCAGUGGAAAGAUUGUAUUGCACACUUGGACCAGGGUGAUUUCUGGCAGCCUUAAGGAAAAGCCACUAAUGGCGGUGCAACUAGAUACUCUCGUAACGUUUGGCUCUGUUUGCUUGGACUACCAGUUCAGUGUGUGUGUGUGUGUGUACAUCAACACUUUCAGCAGGACACUAUGCAAGGCACUUGAUCAGUUUACCUCACCUCAACUGUAACUGGAAAAGCGAGUCGAGCUGACUCCCGCUUGCCCUGCCUUUGAGAGGCUCGGGUGAGACCACAAAAGAAAAAUGAUUUGUUAAUCCGGUUGGGAUUGGGAUUUGGGAGUGGUGUGUUGCCAGUUCUGUCACCCCUGUUGGAUUGCAAGGGGGGGUGCGAUGGUCCAGGCCACUCUCCUAGAAUAGACUGUGAAGUCAGUUAGUACUUUCUGCUGCAAGUGUACCACUCAAACCACUUCAAUCAAAUGAAAUGUAUCACUCACCCUGUUACUUGACCUAUCAAGCCCUAUGCAGAGGGGUGGAAGCAGUGUAAUGUGCAUGAUCUGGCAACCACUAUGCUAAUUCCUGAUUAUCUAUCUCCAUGCACACAAAGCUUCAGGUUGAUUUAAGUGUAGUUUGCUUUUUAAAUGAGAUCAAUUAAGAUGAGUUUUAAUAUCAUUUAUUACUGGAAAUUGUUUGAUGCAACUGGUGGGACUGUUUGUGUGUUUGUGUGUGUGUGUGUGUGUGUGUGUGUGUGUGUGUGUGUGUGUGUGUGUGUGUCUUUUUUUUUUUGUUAUAGUCUUAAGUGCUGCCCAUUAAACACAAACAAGAAUUGGAAAGAAACACUUUUGUAAUGGAUUUAAGCUAAUUAUGUGAUUUUUACCCUUUUAUGAAAAUACAUUUUAUAUUUGUUUUCUUUAUGAGAGGACCAAAAAGACUAUGUUUUUUGGAAUUUUGAAUGUUUAUGGUGACCAAAGUGUAAUGUUAUUUCAGAAAUUUAAUAAAUACCCUAUUAUUGAUAGUA